AUGGUCAAUACGAGUCGAAGAGCUAUAGCUCAACAACUAAGACACGCAUGUAAACGAAAGUUGCAAACAUGCACAAGUGAGCCAAAUAGAAGAGCUAUUGCUCAGCAAGAAAGAAGAGAACACGAAAGAGUCGGGAAUACAGUAAAUCAAAGGGCAGUUUCUCAGCAGGAAAGAAGAAGGCGCAAAAGAAUAGAAAAUACAAUAGAUCGUAGGUCUAUUGCACAACAAUCAAGAAGAGAACUUGAGCAAGCGAAAAGAGCACGUACUAUACCAGACAAUGAAAUAUUUGCACAAUUUCAACUGCAAAAUAUACAACAUAGUCUCAGUCAUAUAGAUACAGUGUGUAUUCAUUGCAGUGCACUCCAUUGGUUAGAUGAGCGUAUUGUAAACUCUUCAAAAACUAACCCAAAAUUUGGGUCAUAUUGCAGGCAUGGAAAAGUUAUUCUUCCUCUUCUCCAUAAUCUACCUCUUCUUUUGUGGCAGCUUUUUGAAGGUCAAGAUGAGCAAUGUAAGGAAUUUCAUGCAAACAUACGCCAAUACAAUGCAGCACAUGCAUUUACUUCGCUAAAAGUAAAUAUUGAUCAAACUAUUCUUAAUGGGCAUUCUCCGUAUAGCUUUCGUAUUCAUGGUGAACUGCGCCACCAUUCAGGUUCACUCCUUCCAGAGUCUAGCUUGAAUGCAAAUUAUGCGCAACUUUAUAUUUAUGAUCCAGAUAUUGCACAUCAAAUAAGGAUGGAAUGA